AUGUGGGUGCUUUACUCCUACGACGUUGGAAGUAUUCCAGGAAAUUUAUAACAGCUAGGGAUUAUUUUUUAAUAAAAAUUAGUACAAAAUUCAUAUAAAAAAGAAUAUAAACACAGGAACCGAAACAUUUGGUUUUCCAGUCCCAGAGAAAUUUUUGCAACAGAGCUGUAUAGGCUAUACUGAUAUUUUGGAUCUAUUAAUUGAAUAUCAAGCUUAUGUAGACAAAGAAACAAUACUCAGUAUUUAUGAUCAAGAAAUAUGCGCAUAUAGAAAGCUCAAGAAGGAUUCUAUUAUUGAUAUUAGUAACGAUGAAGAUAUUGAGAUAUCCUGCGUUAUAUUAAGCAUAAUUGUUUUGCUUCAUAAAAAAAGUAUUUACUCCCCCCCCCCCCUCCGUGAGCGAACAAAAAAAUUUUGUUCGCUCACGGAGGGGGGUUAAUUUUUUUUUUUUAAAAAAAAUUUAUAUAUAAAUUUUAUAAAAAAUAUUUUUUUCGAAAUUUAAAAAAAUCCUAAUUUGCAAAAAUUGGGAAGCAAAUAUUAAUUUAAUUUGCAAAAUUUAUGUUUUAAAACGCAAUUUGUUUAAAAUUAAACAGAAUUAGCUCUAGAUUUCAUUAUACUAAUUAUCACUUAUAUAUCAAAAUUUUUUUCCAUUAAAAUUUUUUUCUAUUAAAAAAAUUUUUGUUCACUCACGGAGGGUGGGUUUUUGGUCAAAAAAUGGCGAUUUUUCUAAUGGUUUUGUUCGCUCACGGAGGGGGGGGGGGGAGUUAGGCUUACAUAUAUAUUUAUUUUAAUUAGCAUACAAAUAAAAAACUCAGAAAAAAGCGAAAUCGGCCAUUUGCUUUAUAGAGUCGCUGAUAUAGAAGACGACAUAUGAAACCUAACUGUCCAAAAAAACGUAGAAGAAAUAAUCGAGCCAGUCGCUGAAAGAAAUGCCGAGAUUAUUGACAUAUGCAUGCUUUAUGCUGCACCAUUAAUUUUGAAAGAUGGAGCUUUCAAAGUCAAAGAAUGCGAUAACUGGAACUUAGACUUCAACGCAGAAAGGCGAAAAAUCCUUGACGCUUUUGAAAGGAACCAAAUCUACGCAUCAAUCCGGUUUGAGACUGCCACUCUGCAGCAUUUAAGCGAAAUUUUAGAAUGCAAACCUAAAGUUAUCCAUAUAAGUUGUCAUGGUUAUUAUAAGAAAAACAGGUCAAAUGAAUUUGUCUUGGCUUUUGAAGACAGUGAAUGCUUAGGAAUGGUCGACGAAGUUGACAGAAGCAGGCUGAAAAAAAUACUCGAGCCUUUUUCUCAGUAUUUUUGUAUUGUAAUCGUAAGUGCCUGCUUUUCCCAAGCAAUCGGCAACGUGUUUUUAGAAGCUGGCAUAAAAUGUGUCAUCACAAUCCAUGACCAAUGCAAAAUAUUAGACGACGCCGCUAUUGAAUUUUCUUCAAGCUUCUACCGAAAUCUUCUGAUGGGCAGAACUAUAAAUGACUCUUUUUUAGAAGCCAAAAACAGCGUGAAAAUUGGCAUGCACAAUACUUGCUGCUGUGCCCAUAACCAUAAAAGAAAUUGUUUAUGAAAAGGAAGUAAUAAUCAUAGAUCUCACAGUCCUGAUGAAAGCUGUGGGUGUGAAAGAAGACUUUAUGACGCUCGGCAUAAGAUUGACUGUGAGUGGGGAAAAAGAUUUACUAUAAAAUUCAAUAAUACGAGGAUUCCGACUGAGGCAGAAGUUAGGGAAGGGUCAUGGGUCAUUUGCUGCUGCUCACAAGAGGUACCACAUCAUGAGGCUAUGAAAUUUAAGCUGCUUAAAGCUGAUGAAGAGUCGGCGAAUUUAGUACUUUUUUCAGGAAGAAAAGAAACAGAAAUAAAAGAACUCUGUGGAUUUGAGCUGAAAUUUAAGCCACCGUUGGUAAAACAGAAAAUUAUAGGAAGAGGUGAUGAUAUUAGGAAGCUGCUAGACUUAACAAAAAACAGCCGAAUUGUGUUUGUGUAUGGGAAAUCUGGUAUGGGAAAAUCUUUGCUUGUAAAAAGCGCUUCAAUUUAUGCCUGUGAGCGGCGACUUUUUAAGCAUGGUGUCAUCUAUAUUGACCUCCAAGGAAAAUGUAACUCUAGCGCUAUAAAUACAACAAUCGCACAGAGCUUGAAUAUUUCUUGAGAAAAAAGCAAAGAAGAGCUCGCCAGAAUUAUUGAUUCGUUGCACGUAUUAAUUAUUCUUGAUAAUAUAGGAGAAAGUCUAGCUCAUUAUACCUUGGGCACGCUUUCAGCGUGCCAUAAACCUAAAAAUACAGGUCAGAUUUUUCUAUAUCUAAUAAGGUGCUAAACACAAGCCAAGCUAUACAAUGAUAAAGUGAAAAACAAAAUUCGGUCACUGAUAGAAAGGACACAAUUUCUAAAAUUUUGGGUCGUCAGUGAAAAGCCUAUUGAUCCAGACCACAAGGCGAAAAUUGAGGUCAAAGAAAUGUCGAAAUCAAAUGCUUUAAAAGUUUUGCAUACAAAUCCUGAAAUUUGUCAUAAAAUUGCUAACUCCCCCCCCCCCCUCCGUGAGCGAACAAAACCCAUUAGAAAAAUCGUCAUUUUUUGACCAAAAACCCACCCUCCGUGAGUGAACAAAAAUUUUUUUAAUAGAAAAAAUUUUAAUGGAAAAAAAUUUUGAUAUAUAAGUGAUAAUUAGUAUAAUGAAAUCUAGAGCUAAUUCUGUUUAAUUUUAAACAAAUUGCGUUUUAAAACAUAAAUUUUGCAAAUUAAAUUAAUAUUUGCUUCCCAAUUUGUGCAAAUUAGGAUUUUUUUAAAUUUCGAAAAAAAAUAUUUUUUAUAAAAUUUAUAUAUAAAUUUUUUUUAAAAAAAAAAAUUAACCCCCCUCCGUGAGCGAACAAAAUUUUUUUGUUCGCUCACGGAGGGGGGGGGGAGUAAGGAUUUGGACAAGCUGUUAAACGUAGUUAAAAAGUCUCCAUCAGAGCUUCUCCAAAGUUUGCCUUUAUUGCAAGAUAAAACAGUUGAUGAAUUUAUAGAAGAAUACACAAACAGCCAUACAAUAUUAGGGAAAAAUGAAGAUAGUAGGGCUGUAUAUUUAUCAUUGACGUAUUUAAGGAAUCGGAAGCCUGAAUCUUUUGAAAUUAUCAAUUUGCUAUCUAUUUUUCCUUCAGGAGUCUUCCGAGAACACCUUGGGCUAAUCUGCUUUAAGGUAACUAAACAUUGGCAUGAUGCAUUACAGCUGUUAGAGUAUGAAGAAGGCGAAGAAUGGCUUGGAAAAAUAAGGCUAAGUGAUAGUAAUAUUUACUAUGAUAGCUAUAAAGGAUAUGACAGCCCUAUGAAGCGCCAAAAAAUAUUUUCAAGCUCCAACGAAAAUCUCCUCUCAGCAGGCCACUCCACAAAAAUUUCAAAUUCUCGAAAAAACUCCUUUAUCGGCUCUUUAAAUGAAAUAGUGAUAGUUUCAGACAAAGUCCAAAACUAUUUAAGGCACGAACUGCUGAAUCAGCCAUCUUCUAUACAAAAUAUGUUUAUAAUCUGUAUGGAAUAUUUGGCAAGCCUUUCUAGAGCUCUAAUGGAAGCUAUUAGUCAAGUCCCAAAUAUAGCAUGUUCAGCUACAAUGAAAUCGGUGAUAAAUUCGAAUGCUUUAUCACCUGUUUCUACCUGAAAACUUUAUUCAAACCCAGACCAUGAUGAAGACAUUUUUGCAAGCGUCACUAAUUCUAAGCUACUGCCACAGGUUUUAUUUGAAAACAUGAAGGCUAAUUUUAUGGAAUUUAUUAAUGAAAAUAAUAUUAAAACAAUUUUUCAUAGCUACAAACACCCUAAACUAGGAAACUUGAUCUUCGAAAUCAGCCAAUGCACAAUCUGCACCUUGUUUUUAUUAAGAAAAAAAAAAGAAGGUUUUGCAGUUCUGAACAGUGCCAAAAAGUGCUUAAAAGCUUUUGCCAUUGACGAUUCUUUGAAUUUCAAAUUCAGACUGACCUGGAGUUCAAUGAAAUUAGCCUAUGAAAAAGAAAUCAGGAUAGAAAGGGUUAAUAAAGAAAUCGAUAAAGCAAGGCAUUAUUUUGAAGGACAGAAUAUUAAAGACUCUUUAUCUGAGUGCUAUUUAUUAAAAGCUAUGGCUACGAUACAAUCUAAAGGAAGUCUAAGAUUUGGGGAUAUAGAAGAGCUGUUUAAAAUAGCUAGAAAUAACUGUGAACCAGAAAAUGACUGGCCCAAUAAACUAGUUUUAGCUAGAAUUAAUUUAGCCUACUGCAGAUGGGCGCAUUCUUUUAAUGUUUUUCAUGAAGAAAUGAUCGAUUUUCUCACUUUUUCAGGGAAAAUUUUCAGCGAGCUUAAUUUAAAAGCUCUUGAGGAAAUAAAUUAUUAUAUUUUAGGGGAAAUGUAUUUUUGCAAUGAAAUGUUUGUAAAUGCAGAAGAAGUCUGAAUGAAAGUCCUAGAUAUCGCAAAAUUGCUAAAGGACAGAAAUAAAGAAAUUGAAAUAAAAGAAAAGUUAAAUUUAAUUUUUGACAGGAUAAAAAGGAGGACUAAUAAUGUGAUCGUAUUACUGAGGGCUUAUCCAUUGGUAACUGUGGAUAUAGCUACAGGACAUUAUGGGGCGGAUUUUAUUAUAUCAAGCUAUUUUGCGGAAUUUAAAUCAAGCUUGCUUAUAUUAUUUUGGCUAUAAGUAGCAUAUUUUUAGGUAAAAAAUAAUUUAAUAUCAAUUAAAUAUAUCUAGCUACAAUGAAUAUCCGUUAUUAUAGAAAGACCACAAGAAUAUUUUAUAUUUAUUUUAAUAUGAUAUAAAAAAACAUAGAAAUCUUCAAAGGAAAAAUAAAAGUUUUUUCAUUAAAAGCGACAUAGGGACACGCGAAAAUUUUAAAAAAUAUAUUAAAGAAGGAUGCAGAGUUUUGCAUUUUUCUUCAAAUAUGCCUCAAAAGGAUGCAAUUGUGCUUGAAACAAAUCGAUUUUAUGCAGAUCCUAUAAGGGUUUCUGAGAUGGAUCUUCUUUUUGGUCCAAGCUGUGAAAGGCCUGGGCUUGAUUUGAUAGUAUUGGCUAUGCCGUUUUCAGCAAAACUUGGUCUAUAUUUAAAUACUCAAUUAGGAAUAAGCCAUAUACUAUGCUUUGAUUAUGAGGAAUUUCCUAUUUAUAAGCAUAUAGUGCAGCUUCAAAUGAUGUUUGAGAGGGCAAUUGAGCUAUUCUGCGAAAAUUUUUAUAUUUCUAUAUUAUUUUAAUAGGUUUUUCAUAAAUAUUUAUGAUAGCAGAGGUAUAAUUUUAUAUAAAAAAAGACCUGAUUUUCCAUAUAUUAAAAAAUAUUCAUUAUAAAUAGUAUAUCAUAGAAGGCAACACAUUAUAUUCAGCCUGAGAAAAAAGCAAAAACAUCAGUGAUAAUUUUAUUCGUGAAAACAAAAUUUUAUUCCAACACCUCACUCCCCCCCUCCGUGAGUGAACAAAACCAUUAGAAAAAUCGCUAGUUUUGCCCAAAAACCCACCCUCCGUGAGUGAACACAAAACUUUUUUAAUAGAAAAUUUUUUUUAUGGAAAAAAAAAUUGAUAUAUAAAUGAUAAUUAGUAUAAUGAAAUCUAGAGCUAAUUCUGUUUAAUUUUAAACGAAUUGCUUUUUAAAACAUAAAUUUUACAAAUUAAAUUAAAUUUGCUUUCCAAUUUUUGCGAAUUAGGAUUUUUUUAAAUUUCGAAAACAACAUUUUUUAUAAAAUUUAUAUAUAAAUUUGUUUUAAAAAAAAAAUUAACCCCCCUCCGUGAGUGAACAAAAUUUUUUUGUUCACUCACAGAGGGGGAGGGGGAGUCAGCGGAAUCUCAAAAAAUCGCCCAAAACUUUAUCUUGGAAAAGGCCCGAUUUUAAUAGGCAACGGCAAUGUCGCAUUAUUCAGAAAUUCCAUUCAUAACAUCCUAUCAAGCGAAUCUUUGCUCAAUCCAGGCAGAAUUCUAGAUAUGACUCAUCCAACCCCUCCUACCAAUAUAAAUAAAAAGAAAAAUCAUUUAAUAGGUCGCCAUAAGCUUAUGUUUGAAAUUAUCCAAGAGCUUUUUGAUAAAAAAAUCGUCCAUAUAGUCGGACAAAAAGGUGUAGGGAAAUCAAGACUUGCAAAGCAGCUGAUGAGCUUUGUGAAUUCACGGUAUAUAUAUAAUGAUGGGACGUUUUGGAUUAGCUUGAAAGACCAGAACAGUUUUGCGAAGUUUUAUGAGUGCUUGGAAAUAUACAUAAAAAUGGUGACGACAGACCACCCGACCUUUCGACCCUAUUUCUUCAAAAUCAGCAGGCAACGGCCCAGUGCUGGAGAAUUAGGUGGAAAGGGGCCGGCAAUCCUUUAUGUAUAGUCGGGCUGGGUUUUCUUUGGGCCCGAGGAGCUAAUUCUCGGACUUGAAGUUUUUCAUCCAGUCCAGGACAACCAUUGGAAAGGGUAAGGUCGGCCAAUGUCUGAGGGCAAUAUGACCCUCAGACCCUGAAGACGGUAUUUGCCCUACGAGAAACUGGGAGUUUCGACCCAGGUGGUUGGCCCUUAGACUCCAGAAGCAAUGGAAGUCAAGACUGGUCGUGCGAAUCACUUGUUUGAGGCAACAAGGAGGGUGUCCGCCGAGGCUCCUCUGGGGCGAUGAGCGUGUAGGGGUGAAAAUCCCCGGCCCUGCAAGGUAAACGGCUUAACUUAAUCUUAAUCUUAAUGAGUGCUUGGAAAGAGAAGGGUGGGUUGUAUCUUUAGAUGAAAAAAAUGAAAAAAGCCUUAAUCUCAGUUUAUUUAGUUUACGUUAUUUUGAUGCUGAUUUCUCAGCAUUUCUCUAUUUGAAUUCUUAUAAUAGAAAAAAUAGACAAAAAAAAUUUUUAAGGGAAAGAGUAAGAAUAAAAAUAUUUUGCUGAUUUUGGACGACUGUGACGAGGUGCUUAAAGAAGCAAAUCAUCAGUUUUCAAGCUUAAUAGAGCAAUUAUUGAAAGUAUAUAAAUUAAGUUUGGUCAUUACAAGUCGCCAAGUCUGUGUAAAGUCUCCUUAUACGAAAAUAGAAAUCAAGCCUCUAGAGCCAUUUGAAUCAGCAUCUAUGCUUUUAGCAUGCCUUGAUAGAAGUUUAUCUAGAAAAGAAGUGAUCCCUUAUAAUGUUGGGUGAAGAAAUUUUCACAUCUUUUUUAUAUUUUUUAUUAUUAAAUUAAGGAAAAAUAAUGUUGGGAAUAGCAUUUCUCAAGAUCUUUUGGAGUCAAAUUUGCUUAUACCUAUCCAAAACCAAUAGAAAAUUAAAAUUUUUAUUAGCUAAAUUACAAUUUUAAUCCUAAAAGGUAUAAAGAAUGCAUGAAUUUGCCAGCAAAAAUAAGAGAACUCGCCUCUAAUCUGCGUAUUGAAAGUUUCACAGAUCUAGAGUUCAAAAGAAUAAGAUCUUUAGAAGAUCAGCCCACAAUUCCAAGUACUAUUAGAUAUCACUCAGAAGUAAAUCAUAAUGAUUCUGUAUCUGAUGAAGAAGAAGAAUGAGAAGAAGAGCUAGCUUGGAGCAUGAUUGACAAAAAGUCUAAAAGGAAACGCUACCCCGGCGUCCGGAGACAAAAAUCUAAUUUUAAUAGCAUUAUUAAGCUUUAA